AUGAGGUUACUCGGCUUGCUGUUUGUCUGCGUUGCUCUCAGCUAUGCGUACAAGCCAAGAACUCCUCUCAAAACGAAGAAAUACAAGUGUGUGGAGGUCGCUGACGAUAUGGACAUCCAAUUGGUUCCGAAAAAGGCGUCCUACGAAGAAUUCGAGCGACCAGAGGAGGAAAUGCGCUUGAUUGGAUCGGCUAGUAUAGCCAGAACGCCGUUGGUGGGAGAAGAGAUUGCAUUACCUCAGGCUCAUAAGGGUCCACUAAAGAAGUACGAUGCAAAGGUGCCGGUUCCUGUGCAAAUUCCUCCCCCUCGUAUCACGCAGGAAAUUCCUCGUGACAAACAAGGUCGACCAUUACUUCUGUCACCAGCACACUGUCAACAAGUCAAAAGCUACGCUAGCCAAUAUGGCGUGACCGAUGUGCUUGCUUGGGUAAAGCGAAAUUGUACAUUCGCCAAGAUGUUCCUACCCACAGCUACCUGCGAAGAUAUCAAUACGCUCGUGGCCUCGUGCUAUAAAAUGAAUUAUCUUUGA